AUGGGAUCAGCAAUGUUAAAAGAAACUGGUUCUCACAGUGGAAUGAAGAAGCUACAAUCAGCAAUAAUGUUGUUUAUAGUGAUGAUCUUUGUUGGUUACAUUAUGAUUUGGAUCAUGAUGCCCACAAAUACUUUUUAUCUGCAAUGGUUGCUUGAAAUUCAUGCAAAAACCGAUUCAACAUAUUUUGGUGAACAAGGUGGGAACAUUCUUAUUUACACAUUCCCCAUCCUUUUCAUAGCAACUUUGAGCUGUAUAUAUCUUCAUAUUGGAAAGAAAAAUGUAGAUAGCAACAGAGAAAGUGUGAUGAAAAAUGCAUAUUGGAAAUCUUGGUCAAGACCUGUGCUAGUGAAAGGCCCACUUGGAAUUGUUUCUUGGAUGGAGCUAUCCUUUUUGACCAUGUUCUUUGCACUACUGGUUUGGUCUUUCUGCUCUUACUUGCAUGAUAUGCUUGCAAAUAUCUCCCAACAGGCAGCAAACAGCGGAGUUCAUGUGUGGGAAGCUAAGUUGGAGAUGUCCGGACUAAUGCUUGGCCUGGUUGGGAACAUUUGCUUAGCAUUUCUCUUCUUCCCAGUGACCAGAGGAUCUUCAAUCUUGCGUCUCAUUGGCCUAACAUCAGAGUCAAGCAUAAAAUACCACAUCUGGCUGGGGCAUAUUGUCAUGACCAUCUUCACAGCUCAUGGUUUAUGUUACAUUAUAUUUUGGACACAGACAAAUCAAAUUUCAGAGGUGUUCAAAUGGAACAAAGUUGGCUUAUCAAAUGUGGCUGGAGAAGUAGCUCUGGUCUCUGGAUUAGUAAUGUGGGCAACAAGCUUCCCUCGGAUUAGACGAAAGAUUUUCGAGCUCUUCUUCUAUACUCAUCAUCUCUAUAUUACCUUUGUUGUCUUCUUUGUUUUACAUGUGGGGUUCUCCUACACUUGCAUUAUGCUCCCAGCCUUUUACCUCUUCUUAAUUGAUAGGUACUUGAGGUUCUUACAAUCCCAAAAAAGAAUUCGUUUGGAAUCAGCCCGGCUUUUAUCCUGUGAAGCUGUUGAAUUGAACUUCUCCAAGUGCCCAGGAUUAAGCUAUACUCCUACAAGCGUUGUCUUUUUAAAUGUGCCUGGAAUUUCAAAGCUACAAUGGCAUCCCUUUACUGUUACUUCUAGCAGCAGUAUGGAUCGUGAUAAGCUAAGUGUUGUAAUCAAAAGUGGAGGAAGAUGGUCCCAUAGUUUGUACCAGAGAUUAUCAUCACCCUCACGAAUUGACCGCCUGGAGAUCUCUGUUGAAGGACCUUAUGGACCUGCCUCAACAAAUUUCUUAAGGCAUGAGAUGAUUGUAAUGGUGAGUGGAGGAAGUGGCAUUACUCCUUUCAUCUCCAUUAUUCGAGAGCUCCUCGUUAGAUCCAACCAUGGGGGCAACAAGAUUCCAAGCAUUCUACUUAUCUGUGCUUUCAAGAAAUCUGAGGAUCUCACAAUGCUGGACCUUGUCCUCCCAGUUUCAGGCACCAACUUUGACAUUUCUUCUUUGCAAUUGCAAAUUGAAGCCUAUGUGACAAAGGAGAAAGAGCCUACAACAGAUAACCACAAGCUUCUCCAAACCAGAUUGUUCAAACCAGACCCAUCAGAUGUCCCAAUUUCAUCAGUACUUGGUCAGAACGGUUGGCUGUGGCUUGGCAUGAUAAUUUCAACUUCCUUUGUCAUUUUUCUUCUUCUCAUUGGCAUCCUCACAAGAUACUACAUAUAUCCAAUCGACCAUAAUUCCAAUAUGAUAUACUCUUUCUCUUCUAAAAAUGCACUAAACAUGUUAUUCAUAUGUGUCUCCAUAAUCACUACUGCAACUGCAGUUUUUCUAUGGAACAAGAAACAGAAUGCAAAGGAAACAAUGCAGAUUCAGAACACCAACAUGCCAAUACCAAUGACCCAUAGCGUUGCUGAUGAUAGAGGGUUGGAAAGCCUUUCCCACCAGUCUUUUGUCCAAGCCACUCAAGUGCAUUAUGGAAAAAGACCUAAUCUCAAAAGAAUAUUGUUGGAGUGUGAAAGCUCAAGCGUUGGGGUUCUUGUUAGCGGUCCAAGGAAGAUGAGGCAACAAGUGGCUGCCAUAUGUUCAUCUGGCUUAGCCAAUAAUCUACAUUUUGAGUCCAUAAGCUUCAGCUGGUGAUCCCAAGAGGGAAAGCGUGACUAUAUAAUAUUUUGUUCCAAAAAUUAUUGUACAUGCGGAGGAAUUUGUUUGUAUAUAUUCAUGUUACCGCCAGGGGAAAAAAAAAAUAUAUAUAUAUAUAUAUAUAUAAUAAUACAUUCACCAACCAAUUUAUUAUCACACCCCAAAAUUCUCCUUUGACCACUCGCCUAAGGUGGAUUCACCUUCAAGGAACUUGAAGAGUAUAGAGCAGUUCAAAAAGAAAUUCAACCUCUCCAAAGCUAAAGAUAUUCCCCAAGACCAUGGAAAAGAAAGAGGCAGCUUCACUGUUAUGCUCUCAAAGAUUUCAAGUAGGGCAAUUUUACCACUUAAAUAAAAUUAUUAUACAACUUGAAAAUAUAUAUAUAUAUAUAUAUAUAUACAAACUGAAGAAAAAUUCGUUCAAAAGAGAAAACUUCAUAAAGGAAAAGAGUAAUCUUUUCACGUUGGUUUGUUCUAUUCAUUUUUUUUUUCUUUUUUUUUCUUUUUUUUUUUUUUUUUGAGUCCAUAACUUUUGUCAUUUUAGAGACAGAGAACCGAUAAUUUUAACAUAGAUAGACUUCGAUGAUUCUCACGGUGCCUUGGCUGCUAUAAACUGUCUUUUCUCGGAUUUUUAUCAUUUGAGACAUCGAUUGUUACUAAAUAUAAACUUUGAAGGUAACAACAUUUGAGAGAGAGGGUAAAUGAGAUCGAACAUUAAAAAUAAAAAGAAAAAAAGAAA